GAUCAUCGCUGUGCGGGAUAAAACCAUCAAUGGAACGCCAGGAAAGGGCAACCGGAAACGUAGGGCCACGCAAUCGCCACGUCCCAUUCACUCACCGUCAUCGCCAGUGCCACUGAUUUUACUUCGAUUCGAAUUCCACUACCACUCCCGUGUUCUUGUAUGGUUGGUUGGUCCAUGGCUUUCAUCGGAUGAUUAAUGGCGCUGCCGACAAGAUCUUUACCCAAGAUUUGGUCCCACGGGUAUGAACUGGCAAAAGAGUACUCCCCAAUCAAUCUGGAGAUGACCUGAUUCAGCUACAGAACAAGAAUCAAUCAAGGUCACAAGAGAAGAAAAAGGACAAGGAAAAACCAUUACCGCAUUCUCGCUUGGGAGAUCCGUGAUCGAGUCCUGUUUGGUGAAGGAAAUUGGGGAAGAAGAAGGAGAAGGAACAGUAUGGCGAAGAGUGUAGAGAGGAAGAGGCAGAUGGAAGAAGAAUGGAGUUCGAUCCUGUCCGAACAACAACCGUCGUUCUCUCGGAAGGCGCAUUUCCCUCCCGACUUCAUCUUCGGCUCCGCCACUUCUGCUUACCAGGUUGAAGGGGCUUGGAAUGAGGGUGGUAGGGGUCCUAGCAUUUGGGAUUCUUUUUCACAUAUGGAAGGAAAAAUUUGUGAUGGCAGUAACGGGGACAUUGCCGUGGACCAAUAUCAUCGCUACAAGGAAGAUAUUGACCUUAUUACUAUGCUGGGAUUUGAUGCUUAUCGUUUUUCCAUAUCAUGGUCUCGCAUUUUUCCCGAUGGUUUGGGUACAAAAAUCAAUGAGGAAGGAAUUGCUUACUACAACAAUGUCAUUAAUGCUCUUCUUUUAAAGGGCAUUCAACCUUUUGUAACUUUAUACCACUGGGAUCUUCCAUUAGAUCUUUAUGAGUCAAUGGGAGGGUGGUUGAAUAAGGAAGUAGUAAAAUACUUCGCAAUCUAUGCAGAAACUUGCUUUGCCAGUUUUGGUGAUAGGGUGAAAAAUUGGAUUACAAUCAAUGAACCUCUUCAAACAGCAGUCAAUGGACAUGUUAAUGGGAUAUUUGCCCCUGGAAGAAGUGAGCAUGCAUCCACAGAGCCAUAUUUGGUUGCACAUCACCAGCUUUUGGCCCAUGCAGAAGCUGUUUCCAUCUAUAGAAACAAAUACCAGGAGAAGCAAGGAGGUCAAAUUGGCUUGGUGGUGGAUUGUGAAUGGGCUGAAGCUUUAUCGGAUAAACUUGAAGAUAAAAAAGCUGCGGCAAGGCGUAUUGAUUUUCAACUUGGAUGGUACUUGGAUCCUAUAUUUUUUGGCAACUAUCCUGAAACCAUGCGUGCCAUAGUUGGACAGCACCUUCCAAAGUUCUCUCAGAAAGAUAAAGAGUUACUUAGGAACUCGUUGGACUUUGUCGGUUUGAACCAUUAUACAUCGAGGUUUAUUGCCCAUUCAACAAGCCAGGAAGAAAAUGAUUUUUAUAGGGCACAAGAGUUGGAUAGAAUUGCUGAAUGGGAAACAGGGGAGUUGAUUGGUGAAAAGGCAGCAUCACCAUGGCUUUAUGUUGUUCCUUGGGGUAUCAGGAAAGUGCUCAAUCACGUAGCACAGAGAUACAAUAAUCCCCCAAUUUAUGUUACUGAGAGUGGUAUGGAUGAUGAAGAUAAUGACAUUUGCCCUCUCCAUGAGAUGUUAGAUGAUAAAUUGAGAAUCCGUUACUACAAGGAGUACCUUGCAGCUGUUGCCCAAGCAAUUAAGGAUGGAACAAAUGUGAGGGGUUAUUUUGCCUGGUCAUUGCUGGACAACUUCGAGUGGAGCUGUGGUUAUAGCAAGCGAUUUGGCUUGAUUUACGUGGACUACAAGAAUGGUCUGACUCGGCACCCAAAAUCUUCUGCUUAUUGGUUCAUGCGAUUCUUGAAAGGCAUUGAGGGGAAAAAUGGCAAAGAAGAGUAGAUGCCAGCAACCACCCGCAUCUAUCCUUUCCUUGCAUCCAGCAAGCUUUCAUACCCUAUGCUUAUCAAUAACAUGUUAAUUUUCAAUAUUACCAUUAUUAUAGUAUAAGCCUUAUGUGAUAUGCAUUUCCCCGUCAUGAUAAGAUGAUAUAGAGUUCUAGAAGUUUGAAUCGUGUCAAUGUAGUAUUUUGAACCACCACUAGAGGAGAAGAUGAAAAGCCAUUUCUCAGAGGACUGGUGCACGUCUGAACCCUCUCCUGCUGUUUAUCAUCUUCAGUCUACUUAAUACCUGAUUACUGGCAAAUAAUCUUCAUCUCAAGCUAUGAAAGAAUCCAUGAAGUUUCUGCAAUGUCAGUGAGUUCAUCAUUCCAACUCUUGGAAUCCUUAACUUUGCUUUCUUUCAAGCAUUAUCUUAUUCUCUAAAUACAGACAGAGCAAGGAAACGGAACUUUAUGGGUGGUGUUGUGAUUCCAUUGUUUUUGGGCAUAAUGCCAAAAUAUUUCCUUGAUAGACAUUUGUGGAAUGUGCUAUUAUAGUGUUCCAUGUAA